UAAAUUUCCUCUUGAAACUGCUUACUGGCGUGUUGGUUCUUACCCUGAAUCUGACAUCUCGAAGGAAUCGAUCUUUCUUUCCCAUUCGUUUUCAUCCUACCCUUUGAUUGAGAUUUAAGGUGAAAAUCAUAGCGAGUAGAAGAUGAGUGUGAUUGACAUUUUGACAAGGGUCGACGCGAUCUGCAAGAAGUACGAUAAAUACGACGUCGAGAAGCAGAAUAGUCUCAAUGUCGCCGGCGACGAUGCCUUUGCUCGUCUCUACGCCUCCGUUGAAGCCGACAUCGAAGCUGCACUUCAGAAAGCGGAGACUGCUUCGAAGGAGAAGAAUAAGGCAUCGACCGUUGCGUUGAAUGCGGAGAUUCGUCGAACCAAGGCUAGAUUGCUAGAGGAGGUCCCCAAGUUGCAGAAAUUCGCUAUUAAAAAGGUGAAAGGGCUUUCAGGGGAAGAGCUUGCUGCCCGCAAUGAUUUGGUUCUUGCACUGCCAGAUAGGAUCCAAGCCAUACCAGAUGGGACCGCUCCUGCACCUAAACAAACUGGAGGUUGGACCACCUCAGCUGCUCGUACUGGGAUCAAGUUUGAUUCAGAUGGGCGGUUUGAUGAUGAAUACUUCCAACAAAGUGAGGAGUCGAGUCAAUUCAGGCAGGAGUAUGAAAUGCGAAAAAUGAAGCAGGAUCAAGGCUUGGAUGUGAUAUCUGAAGGUUUGGAUACACUGAAAAACAUGGCUCAUGAUAUGAAUGAGGAAUUUGAUAGGCAAGUUCCUUUGAUGGACGAGAUGGAUGAGAAGGUGGACAAGGCCAGAGCUGACCUCAAGAAUACCAAUGUUAGACUUAAAGACACAGUGAAUCAGCUGAGGUCCAGUCGGAAUUUUUGUAUUGAUAUUGUUUUAUUGUGUGUAAUUCUUGGAAUUGCUGCCUAUCUUUACAACGUGCUGAAGAAGUGAGAUGAACCAAAGGGCCAUUUGACCUGUUGUGGGCCUGGCUUCUCUUCUAUUGCCUUGUGUAAGGGGGACUUAUUAUUGUGCUUGAUUUAUUAUUUUGAUUGUUUUUCUCCUGUAUUAUGAAUCGCUUGCAUUCUCAUGUAGUUGGAAUCUUUGCCCACAUUCAGAAUAUAUGCACUUGUCUUGCAUGUACUCAUGUAUGAGGACAUUGGUCAUUUCUGUACGAAUGCUAUUUAACCUUGCUGCAGUCAUUGUAUAGCCUUUUGUUUUCGGCUUAA